AUGUCUUCUCUCUCUCGACGUGCUUGCUACAAGUGUGGCAAUGUUGGCCACUACGCUGAGGUCUGCUCUUCUGCUGAGCGUCUCUGCUACAACUGCAAGCAGCCUGGCCACGAGUCCAACGGAUGCCCUCUUCCCCGAACCACUGAGGCCAAGCAGUGCUACCACUGCCAGGGUCUUGGUCACGUCCAGGCUGACUGCCCUACCCUCCGCCUGAGCGGUACUGGCACCAGCGGCCGCUGCUACAACUGUGGCCAGCCCGGUCACCUUGCUCGCGCCUGCCCCAACCCUGUUGGUCCUACUAUGGGCCGUGGUGCUCCCAUGGGCCGUGGUGGCUUCCCUGGUGGUUACGGCCGUGGUGGUUUCGCCGGUGGUCCUCGCCCUGCCACUUGCUACAAGUGUGGUGGUCCCAACCACUUUGCUCGUGAUUGCCAGGCUCAGGCCAUGAAGUGCUAUGCCUGCGGCAAGCUCGGUCACAUCUCUCGGGAUUGCACUGCUCCUAACGGCGGUCCUCUCAACACUGCUGGCAAGACUUGCUAUCAGUGCGGUGAGGCUGGACACAUCUCCCGUGACUGCCCUCAGAAGAACGCUCCCGGUGUUGGCGAGAUUCCUCAGGAGGUUGAUAUCAGCAGCGUUCCUGCUCCUCCCGUUGCUUCUAUCGCUCCCGUGGCUUAA